AUGAAGACCAUCGUUGUGCAUAUGCCACUUGUGCAAGGUGCUCUGAUGGGCAUGUUUGGUCUAUUCGCCGAAGCACCUGUCCAGAUCGUCGAGUUCACCGAGGAUUUACGCAUGGAUGCCUACUUCAGUCUGGCACAAAGCAGCGAGAACGCUGCAGAUUCUAUGACCCUACCGCAGGAUUUCGAACGAGAGUCUCUGGAAGCUGCUCAGGAUCGACUUAACGCUGUAGCUAUGGAAGCAUACUAG